UAGACCGGAAACUAUCAAUGACAAACUCUGACGUAGUUUCCGUUCUACAAGUAAACAAGAUGGCGUCCGGCAGUGGGUCCAGUAAGAACGACUUCCGGCGGAAAUGGGACAAAGACGAGUACGAGAACCUCGCUCAGAAACGGCUGAACGAGGAGCGCGAGCGGGAGCGCAGGGAUGGAAAACCCGUCCCUCCCGUCAAGCGGGACCUCCUGCGGCACAGAGACUACAAAGUGGAUCUGGAGUCCAAACUGGGGAAAACCAUCGUCAUCACCAAGACCACUCCUCAGGCGGAGAUGGGCGGAUAUUACUGCAACGUCUGUGACUGCGUGGUCAAAGACUCCAUCAACUUCCUGGAUCACAUCAAUGGCAAGAAACACCAGAGGAAUCUGGGCAUGUCCAUGCGGGUGGAGCGUUCCUCUCUGGAUCAGGUGAAGAAACGCUUUGAGGUGAACAGGAAGAAGAUGGAGGAGAAGCAGAAGGAGUACGACUUUGAGGAGCGCAUGAAGGAGCUGCGGGAGGAGGAGGAGAAGGCGAAGGCCUACAGGAAAGAGAAGCAGAAGGAGAGGAAGCGGCGUGCUGAGGACGACCUGGACCUGGAGGAGGAUGAUGAGAUGGCGGCGGUGAUGGGUUUCUCUGGCUUUGGCUCUUCCAAGAAGAGUCACUGAAGCUCCAAACUGGGAUAGGAAACCGUUUUCAGCCCCGCCCACUGCUCUGGGGCAGAGCUGCUGUGGUGUGCUCCUCCCUCAAAGACUUUUCUUUUCUCAAAGCUCUUCUGGUGAGCUGGUAAAUACCACGAACGAUAUUUACAGAUGAACGAAUGAUCUGAGCGCAGGAAGACAAACGCCGGAGGAACUGUUUCCUUUAACCGACUGUGGUGCGUUCAGGUGCACACAGAAAAACAGAAAAUUGUAUGUGUUUUUGUUCUUUUAAGUUUUUUUCUCUGAUUUAGAUCCUGUUCUUUGAAAAAGUAAAAGUCGAAAAGUCUGUUUGAUUUAGGGUUUUAAUAAAUUAACUUUUUUUAUCCCUGA